AUGGAGGAAGCUAUCGAAACGAGUGUCUGUGUUGUUGCUGCGGUGCCUGACGUUGGUUCUUCGUUUGCGACGAGCGUGCGUGGGAGUGUAGAAGGGUUUAAUUUCAGUGAAUUGCAUGUUAUUGGUGUUGGAAGCAAGACUUCUCCAACAAUUUACGUGUGCCAUAGUCUGUCUUAUCUCAUCAGCAAUAUGCCAAAUGAAACACUUGGGGAUGCAAUGCAGGCACAAAUGAUAUCUCUUAUUUGGCACCUUGCCUUUUAUUUACAAGUUGUUGCUCUUAUGGAACUUGGAAGAGAGAAUGAUCCUCAAAUUAAUUGA